AUGGCGCCCCGAAAGUAUCCUGACGCAGUCAUGACAGCGAGGCAAACCCCGGAUGAGGAGCGCAAUAUUGAGCUGUGCAAGGAAUAUAUGGCCAUUUCCUACUCACCCACAGAAAACAAAGGCGCUUCCUCAGUACAGCACCUCUGUCACCCGGAUAGCUGGUUCUGGGCACCAGCAACAUUUCCGGGAUGCCAGACCCCCAUGGACUACGCAGACUCACACUCUGUUGUCAUGGACAGCGUUGCGGAUCUGCACAUCAUCCGCUUUGACCAAGCCUGGGCCAAGGACGGCCACGUUCUACUGCGCUACACGGCAGAGGGAAGUCACUGCGGGAAACCUUAUAAGGGCAUCGAAAAGACGGGUAAACAUGCGCGAUGGAGCGCCGCGGCGAUCUUCGAGGUGGAGGAUGGAAAGAUUGGAAGUUUUACCAAAGAUUGGGACCAGAAGACUAUGCAGAUUCAACUCGGCUGGGCUCCUGUCAAUGAGAGUGAUGACCCUCGCUGGAAUUCCGAGGCGCUGGCGAACCCUGAAAAGUCACAGAAGACUAAGGGCUGA